AUGUUUCGCUGUCGCUUGUUCACCAUCUGCAUGCUCACGUCGUUGCUGUCCGACUGCGCUGGUCUUCGGGGUCGCAGGCGAGGACAGACUCGCGGAAACAGCUACGGAAAUUACGCCAGCGACGGUAUGCCACCGCAGGAGGAUGCCGGAGCCGUCGCGGUUCAACCGGGGCCGGUCGCCGGUCCCAGCGGACUGCCGCCGAUCCAACUCAUGCCACCGAUUGCGUUGACCUACCUUAUGUACGGCUUGCAGACCGGCAACAUCGUCAACGUGCCCGUCUACACGUUUAUCAGGUCACGACCGCCGCCAUGA